AUGCCCCCCGAAUCACCCCCCUCGCCAACCCUCGAACUCACAUCCCUCUCACCCUCACCCACCGAAUCCAUCUCCCCAGACUCCCCCCUCCUAACACCAACAUCCACCACCCCCCAACCAGCCUGGCUCCUCCCAUCACGAACCGGCCUCCAAACCACCCUCCACAAAGCCCGCACCAUCACCACCCCCCUCCUCCGCCGCGUCCCCCGCCUCUCCCUAAAAUCCUCCCUCAUCUACAUCCCCCUCCUCUACACGCUCAUCUGCCUCACCCUAUCCAUCCCGCCGUUCGCAUCCCGUCUCCCAGGCUACACGGGCCCUUACUCCGUCGGCGCAAUCGAUCUCGAAGUCCCUCUCCCGAAAGCACAACUCAUAGCGGACCCUGUGUUCAAAGACUCUCACACCCCAGCUUUUGAACUUGAAACCGUCCUCUUCACAAUAUACUACCCCAUCAAUAAGGAUGUCAAAUCCCACAAGAAGCCCCUAUACUGGAUUCCCAAACCGAUAAGCCUCACAGCAAAGGGAUACGCUCGAUUCGCCCACGCAGAUAACCUCUUCAUUCGACCAAUCUUCACGUUCGCACUAUGGCUCAUCGCAGGAUCAAUCACCAUCCCCGCACAAGUCGACGUACCACUCUACACAUCCACUCUCAAAUCCCCAGUGGUCGUCUUCUCGCACGGCAUGGCUUCCUCUCGAACAGACUACACAAACUACCUAGGCGAACUCGCGUCCAGGGGAACCGUCAUCGCAGCCAUAGAACACCGCGACGGCUCCUCACCAGGAAGUUUCAUCAAAGUCCCAGACCAACCAGCCAAGAAUAGAAUCCACUUCCGGGAAUCAGACCUCCUCGCAUCCCCUUCCAACAACACGCCUGUCGAUACACCGUCCCUCAAAAGACACCAACUCGCGUUUCGGGACGCAGAAAUAUUCUACACUAUCCAGCUGCUGCAGCGAAUUAAUGCGAAUUCUUCAAUCCCAUGUACACGCUCGACACCAGAAUCCCUCGCAUCAUUCGCAUCGAGGCUCGAUUUUCAGAGGCUCAUCACAGCGGGGCACUCGUACGGCGCGACGGCUACUCUCCAGGCAAUCAAGUCGUCUCACAAUUCUGACUCUAACUCUAACUCAGACUCUAACUCAGAUUCUGACUUUGAGGAUGGAUAUAAAAGCCCCAAUCCCUCAGUAGGAGGCAUAGCCCUAGACCCCGGCAAAGAAAGCGGCCCCCUAAACGCAGACAUCAACAUCCCCCUCCUAGUAAUCCACUCAAACUCAUGGUCCAAGAAAAUGUCCAUCUUCUUCGGCAGACCUCACUUCGACACCGUGCGAGACCUUGUGCAAGACGUGCUGAACCGCACCGGCGCCGCCUGGUUUCUCACCAGUCUCGGCACAAGUCAUCCCAGUGUGUCGGAUGCGCCGCUCAUUGAACACCUGUUACUGAGUUGGACAACCGGCGCAAGCUUGAAUGUAAAGGAAGCUCUAAAGGAAUAUGUUCGCGUGUCGGACGAUUUUAUCAAGUUUUUGGGAUCCAAGCAGGCAGAGGGUCUUUUGGACGAGAAGGUGACUCACAAGGAGUACAACAAAUGGGUGAGCGAUGAGAGAAAAACAUCCUUCCCCAAGGACUUGGCCAGAUUGUGGGAGAUACACGUCAGUCCUGCUUCACCCAUUGACUCGAAAGGCUGA